UUUAAGCGUUUGAAUCCACAUAAUAGACAAACCAUCAAAAGGAGAGCAAGUGUGCCCGUUUGACCGACAACAGCGGAGCAGUGUACAACUAUUGGUUUUCUGAAAAAUAAAUAAUUAUAAAGAGAGUUUCAAAGAAAUUCAACGUGCCACCAGAUGACUGAAUACUAUCAAAUACCUCCCAGCAAUUUGUUUGCUGCUUUCCUAUUGGUCAAUGCUCAAGAAGAGAAGCGUGUUCUUGCAAUGGGUUCAUCUAUACAAUAUAUAGUCGAACCAGAUACUCUCAGUGGAGCCAAUGGAACAUCUCUACUUCAUUUGGAUGCUAUUAUUCUUGCCCGCAGAGCAAUGUUGAAGGCAUUUAUCCAUGAACUUAGCACCGUUGAUUCAGAAUGUUCAAUUUUCGAGAAAAAGGAAGAGGGAAAAGCUGCCUUAAAGCCGAAUCUCCGGCUUGUUCUCUAUUCCAACUACUCGCCACCAUGCAUUCAUGCAGUCGAUGAUGCUGCAACUAAGAAGUUGUCAUAUGUAACGCCAACAAAUCUGACAUGUGUACCAGACGAUGUGCUUACCUACGAACAAAUUAAGGAAACGAAGUCCCUUCGAGUUCAUUGCACUGCGGAUAAACUAUUCAAAUGGAACACUUUGGGAAUUCAAGGCGCUCUCCUCUCCAAUGUUCUUCAUCCAAUUUUCAUUGAUAACAUCUUCUUCGGCUCAGAAGCUCCAGUCUCUGAUGAAUCACUCAGUUAUGCUUUGCAAGGACGCCUUGGACCAAACGAAAAUGAACGAGAGAUCAUUGUGGAGAGUAUGCCUGUGCAAAUGAGAAUGCAUAUGGGCAUAUCUCAUCUCUGGCACCGUGGAGUGGAUUCUGUUGAAACUCUGGAUUACAAUACUGGACGCACUUCAAAGGGAUCCCCAUCGCGAGUUUGUAAAGCUGAAAUCUUUGAGGCGUAUCGUAAAUUGAACGGAGUCGACCAGGCCGUUGUGAAUUAUGCGAAGGCGAAAGAGAUGGCGUCUGAAUACCAGUAUGAGAAGAAAGUGUUCUAUGAAAAGCUCGAGGCUGCGGGACUCGGAAAAUGGCAAACAAAACCAGCUGAGCUUGUUGACUCCUUCACUCUUGCUGCUUUCGAUUAAUUACUCAAUAAUUCAUAAUUUAAUUACCACCAUUUCUUCGAUCUUCGUUUUCUCUCUGCACCUUCUUUUUAACUAUCUUUGAAGUGUAUGAUCUUCAAGCCAUUGCCGCUUUAAUGCGGUAUUCUUUUGUUGUUUAAUUUUUUAAAUUUUUCUGACGCCAAAAUAAUUUAUAAAGUAUUGGUUAAA